AUGCGUAUAACGAUGGCUGCGGCAGCCAAAAAGGGAUUUAGUAAUCCUGCCUUCAAAGCCCUCGGUAUCCCCACCAUCAAGCUCCCUUCAAGAAACUGGAUUAUAUUUUGGUCAGUACUCAGCAUGGGGCUGUCGGGAUUAGCAUACGAUAAAUAUGAACAAAAGCAGAUAUUGAAGAAGUAUACAGGAUUGGUUAAACCACUGGCCCAGGAAGCAUUGCCCGUGGAUAAGAAACCUAGGAAGAUCACGGUGUUCAUUGCACCUCCUCCAAAUGAUUAUUUGGAGACUUCAUUGAAGAUUUGGAGACGUUUCAUUAAACCUGUUUUAUAUUAUUCAGGCUUGGAUUAUGAAGUUGUUGAGGCUGAUAGACAAGGUAUCAUUAGAAUGAAAGUUGCCUCUCAAUUACGUCAAUUACGUUUGCAAAUGAGAGGUGAAGAGAGACACCCAGAUUCUGUGAAAGAUAACAGUAAAACCAAUACGUCGGAGCCAGCACAACCCAAUGUUGAAAUAGAAGAAACACCAGUCAAGCCAAUUGCCAAGAGUGAUUUUCUUGGAGUAUUUUAUAAUAGGCCAAAGGAAAUAAAAGUAGUUGAUGAGGAUUCGUUGGUGGAAGAUCCAAGACUUGCCGGGGGUGUUAUAUGCAUUGGAAGAGGUGCAUAUAAGGAAUAUAUAACUGGGUUACAUGAAGGACUGUUAGGACCUUUACAAGAGCCUGAAAGAGUGGAAGCUAUAACAGAUAAGGAUACCGCAUCAUUAUCAUCUGAUGGUAAUUCGAUCAAGGAUGAUCCAGUUGCUGAGCAACAAAACGUUGACUCGACAGUCACUGUGGUGAAAGAAGACAAAAAGAAAGAAGAGGAGGAGAAACAAACAUCUGAGGAGGAAACCCCCGAAAUAAAGAUUGUCAAACCGUACAUUGACCCGAGUGAGUAUCCAAAUGUUGAAAUCCCAAGCGAACUAUAUCAAUUAGCAUCACCUGACGGUGUUAUUAGAGACCCCAAAACCAAUGUACCCAUUUUAUUAUAUCAGCCCAUCCUAAUGGUAGCGAUUCCAAGUUUAUCAGGCUUUUCAAACAUUCCAAGACGUAUUUACAGGUUUUAUCAGAAAAGACAUUUUGCCGAGAAGGUGUGUUCAGAGACCUAUGAUGUAGUUAAGCAAGAACACAUUAGACCGUUUGAGGCUCCUGCGGAUUUAAGUCAAGGUGAAUUUGAUGAAGAAGUGGACUGGCCAAAAAGUUGGGUGAAGCAAGGUCUUGUAAGGAAAAGUGAAUGGACCAGAGAACUAAAAUGUGAUUCUAGGAUUGUGGAACAUAUGUCCAUGUAUGGCAGCAAACCAGAAGAUAGAACCGAACCAUAA